AUGGAGGCUAGGAAGGUAGUCGAAAACGUCCAGUGCAUCAACGGAGGACUCACCUCGGUUGGCACCUUGCGCUUGACCGAUUUCCACCUUGUCUUCUGCGCGCCACCACCUCCUCUCAAGAAUCAAACCGCCGAUCAAGCCGAUAAACCUCCCCCGAAACCUCGAGAAUCAUGGAUCACCUAUCCUAUUCUAUCGCAGUGCAUACUCCGACUCCUGCCUCCAACCCAUGGCAUCCACAGCUCUAUCCGCAUCCGCUGUCGUGACUUCAUCUUUGUCACGUUCAACUUUGAGGACAAUAACGUCGCUCGGGACGUCUUUGAGUUUGUGAAGCUCAGAACUUGCAAGCUGGGCACCAUCGAGAGGCUCUUUGCUUUCAGCCACAAGCCCUCCAAGGCCGAGCGACAGAUCAAUGGCUGGAGCAUCUACGACCCCAAAGCCGAGUUCCGGCGCCAGGGCAUUAGCGAGAAGUCGUCGGACAAGGGAUGGAGAAUCACCAAUAUCAACAAGGACUUUACUUUCUGCGACACUUAUCCCGCCGUUCUGGUGGUCCCCUCUUGCAUCUCAGACAACGUUUUGAAAUAUGCCAAGGAGUAUCGUUCUAGACACAGAAUUCCGGCCCUGAGUUACAUUCACGCAGACAAUAACUGUACUAUCACCCGCAGCUCGCAGCCUCUCUCAGGCAUUACCAGGAAGAACAAUGUGCAAGACGAGAAGCUCGUAUUGGCUUCAUUUGCACCCAUCAUGCCCCGAAGCAGCAUUGACCAAGACCAGCCUCCUCGCCUGAGCCAGUCAGAUAUCUCUGAAAAGUCGUCCACAGAUGGAGAGCUCUCUGAGCAGAUUGUCGCAGACGAUGAGCCCAAGAUGUUUGAUGAAAACGGCAAACGCCUCAUCUAUGGUGCCCAACAAGCCAACAUGAUUGUCGACGCCAGACCUACUGUGAAUGCUAUGGUCAAUCAGAUUGGAGGAAUGGGGUCAGAGCCCAUGGACCGCUACCCAGGUGCCAAGAAAGCCUUCAUGAACAUCGAGAACAUCCAUGUGAUGAGAAAGUCGUUGGAGAGCGUUAUGCUUUGUCUCAAGGAUGCCGACCUGUCUCCUCUAUCUCCCGACCAGAACGCCCUGGCUGCAACCAACUGGCUGAAACACACGCAAGCUGUUUUGAAUGGAGCUGAUAUCGUCGCCAAGCAAGUAUGGCUGAAGCAAUCACACGUCCUCAUUCACUGCUCCGAUGGCUGGGACCGAACCAGUCAGCUUAGUGCUCUUGCACAGAUCAUGUUGGACCCUUUCUUCCGAACUAUCGAAGGGUUCAUUGUCCUUGUCGAGAAGGACUGGCUUGCCUUUGGCCAUAUGUUUAGGCUUCGAUGUGGCCACCUGAACCACGAGGACAACUUCAAGGUCCAGAACGACUCGAUGGCAGGCUCAACCAUUCAGCCUGGAGAGAAUGACGGCCGCGCAGAUGCCUUCCAGAACGUCUUCACUGGUGCCAGGCAGCUGUUCAAUCCCAGCAAGGAGGACAAGGCUGAACUCGAUGCCAUUACCGAAGGCUCUACCGGAAAAGUCGCGAAAGACGAGGCUACUGUUCCUAAGAUGGUCAGCCCUGUGUUCCACCAAUUUGUGGACUGCGUCUAUCAGCUUCUCCGCCAGAACCCAGCCAAAUUUGAGUUCAACGAGAGAUUCCUUCGUCGACUAAUCUAUCAUCUCUACUCCUGUCAAUAUGGUACCUUCCUCUACAACUCCGAGAAGCAAAGACACGAGGCUCGAGCCUCUGAGCGCACUUCUUCGGUCUGGGACUACUUCUUGUCCCGCAAGCCAGAGUUCACCAACAAGGACUAUGAUCCGACCUUCGAUGAGUAUGUUAAGGGCCGCAGCCGCAUCAUAGUGCCUGAUAUGAGCAACAUCCGCUGGUGGCACCAACUCUUCAAUCGGACCGACGAGGAGAUGAACUCGCAUCUCAACGCUGUGGCGACCGCUGCAGCCAACAGAGCCACGGCCAUGAACGAGUUGCACCCAACUACGGAGGAUUCUUACGCAAAUAGCCAGCCUGGUACCCCGCCCCAAUCCACCGCAAGUCCCAAGCCGCCAUCUCUCCCUACCAGCCAGUCGGUUCUGGGAGGUGUAGAGAACACGCACACUACGUUGACGCCAAAUUAUCAAGAGCGACAGGCCCCCGUUCUGCGUCGGAGUGUGUCGGCAGAAAAUUCCAAUGCCUUCAGCGCAGUGAGGGAUGGAAUCGCUGGCUUGAACAUCGGCAAAAACGUCAGCGGAAUGCUGAACAAUCUGGCCGGACGUAACGCCAGUCCUGCUUCCACUUCGAGGGUUACAAGUCGCAGCGAGCAAGAGCUCCGGGAGAUGACAUAG